AUGGCCGCCGGACUAACAGCCGUCAGUAUGAGGGAGAUAGAACCUCCCCCAAUUUGGGCGGCAAAAUUAGACGUCUGGCGUUCGUGUGAAAAAGAAAAACCGAACGUGCGCCUAGUAAUAGUGGCCUAUUUUAGGCGCUCGCGGCAAACCGCCGAACGAAAGCGUUCGGUAGAAAAACAAAAUGACUAUACAAACGCACAGAAAACUACUGGCGUACGCGAGAAAACAGGCGAUCGCGCCAAACUGCCGAACGAGAAAUGUUCGGUUGAAGAAUUUGAAGCGUCUGUGCGCAAGCGCACAGGAAAAACUGUGAAGGGAGUAUGGAGGAGGGGAAUGGACGGCGGGAGCCGUGAAAGUUAUCUGUAG